AUGGCUUAUAGCCAACUUAAUAAUGUUAAUAAUAGUGACAUUCCUCCCGCACAACAAACGUCACAACAGAUUCAUAAUUGCGAUCAUAGUUCGCAAGACUCUCAAACUAACGACCAAUAUACAAGACUUAAUGAUUCAACUAGUCUGUAUUUAACAAACUUUAAUUUCAACCGACUAGAUAUACAAGAAAUUUUUAAUACUCUUAAAAAUAAAUUUGGCUUCCAAGAAGAUAAUAGUCGAAACAUGUUUGAUUAUUUAAUGUGCAUGUUGGACUCUCGUGCUUCAAGAACGAAUCCAUAUCAGGCUUUACUUACCCUCCAUGUUGAUUAUAUUGGAGGAAUUGAUGCUAAUUAUCGUAAAUGGUGUUUUGCUUUGGGUUUUGGAGGUAAUGUUGAUUCAGAGAAUGACCUACAAGACAAUGAACAAUGGAAUAAACGAAUGGAUUCCAUAUCAAAAUAUCCAGAGGAAAUGGUUCGUCAAUUGGCCUUAUGGUUAUUAUUAUGGGGUGAAGCUUCUUCAGUUCGAUUUAUGAGCGAAUGUUUAUGCUUUAUUUUCAAAUUAGCUUAUGAUUAUGAUAAGAGUUCUAAAAGUUCUCAAGUACAAUUACUUGAAAGAGAUUAUCUUGACAAUAUUAUAACACCGAUUUACCGUUACAUUAAAGAUCAAUGCUACGAAGAUAAGCCAAAAGAUCAUGCUGAAACAAUAGGAUAUGACGAUAUCAAUCAACUUUUUUGGUAUCGGGAAACUAUUAAUAGUAUAGUUUUUCAGAAAAAGAGUGACUCGCCAAUUAAAAAUAUUAUGGAUGUACAUCACAGUAAACGUUAUUUAAAGCUUAGACACGUAAAAUGGGAUCUUGUAUUUAUUAAAACGUACAAAGAAAAACGUACGUGGCUUCAUUUAGUAGUUAAUUUUACGCGUAUAUGGAUUAUCGAGUUUACCAUCUUUUGGUAUUUUAUGACCUAUAUUAUUCUAUCUCUUAAUAAACAUAAGCUUGAACCAGCAGUACAAUGGUCUAUUGUUGCAAUCGGGGGUGCGAUUUCUACUUUUUUAAUGAUAAUUGGAAGUAUCUGCGAACUAUUUUUCGAUCCAUUAAGAAUUAAUUUAAUAUUAAUUCAACUGCUAAUAUUAAUAAUAAUCGUAUUUAUUAUAAACUUUGUUCCAAUUUAUAUAAUAAUGAAAGACCCUACAUCUUCAAUAUCUUUAAUAGUAGGUAUGGUUCACUUUGUAAUAUCAUUAAUUACGACGUUUAUGUUUGCCAUAAUUCCGAAAUCUCAUAUCUUUAGAAAAAGUGAAGCACUUCAUGCUUUUACUGCCAAUUAUGCUCAUCUUAGCAAUAAGGAUCGUGCAGUUUCAAUUGGAUUUUGGUUCUGCGUUUUUGGAUGUAAAUUGGUAGUGUCAUAUUUCCUGUCUUAUCUAUUCGUAGAUUUUUUUGAAUCUAUGCUUAAAAUGAAAGUGAUUGAUAGUACACUUUAUUCUUUAAUCUUAGUAUUAGCCAUCGUUACUAUGUUCUCUUGUUACCUUAUUCUUUUAUUUUCGAGUACAUAUCUCUGGUAUGUAAUUUGGAAUGUAAUUUUUUCGAUAGCUAUUUGCACACUUGGGAGACCUAUUCGGACUUCUCAAAAAGAUAACUUUACUAUGUUACCAAAACAUAUUUGUACAAAAAUUUUGGGCUUAAACAAUAUGGAAGUUAGUUACGUGUCACCAAUUUGGAAUUCCAUUAUUACUUCCAUGUAUAAUGAACAUCAAUUAUCGAUUAAGAAUUUUGAGAGCUUACUUUAUCUACAGGGGAAUGAUAGAGAUUCAUGGAAUUCUCCACCCAUUUUUGUAAAUCAUAAUGAUGAACAAUAUUAUCAACCAAUGAGUGAAGUUGAACGUCGUAUUACAUUUUUUGCAAAGAGUUUGUCGAAUAAUAUUCAAGAUCCUUUGCCAAUUCAAAAAAUGCCGACAUUUACAGUUUUUACUCCUCAUUAUUCAGAAAAGAUUCUCCUUUCGCUUCGUGAAAUUUGUGAAAUGGAUCAAAAUUCACGAAUUAAUUGGUUUGAAUACUUAAAACAAUUACAUUCAACUGAAUGGGAAAAUUAUGAAAAAAAUGAUACUAUAGAUAUAUGGGAUUCAAUUCGUAUACAAGAUUAUUUAAAAGAAGACAACCUUACUAAAGAAGAUGAAAAUUUACGUAAACGUAAAUGGGUUUCACGCCGUGCACAAACUUUAUUUCGUACUAUUUCCGGAUUCAUGAAUUAUCAAAAAGCAAUAAAGCUUUUGUAUCGCAUAGAAAAUCCCGAAAUUGUUGCUUCGUGUACAAACGAUCCGGAGAAACUUGAGAAUGAGAUGGCCUCAGUAGCUCGUCGUAAAUUCAAAUUUUUAGUCUCUAUGCAGAGAUAUAACGAAUUUGACGAAGAGGAGCAAAAGAAUGUGGAUUUUUUAUUACGUUCUUAUCCAGAUCUUCAAAUUGCUUAUCUUGAUCAAGUACCAUGGGAAAAUAAGGAAAUUGAACCAAAAUUUUUUUCCGUUUUAAUUGAUGGUCACUGUGAAAUAUUACCGGAUGGAAAACGCAAACCAAUUUAUCGAAUCCAGCUCCCUGGAAAUCCGUUUCUUGGAGAUGGUAAAUCGGAUAAUCAAAACCACGCAAUUAUUUUUUGCCGUGGUGAAUACAUUCAAUUAAUUGAUGCCAAUCAAGAUAAUUACUUUGAGGAAUGCCUCAAAAUAAAGAAUAUUCUUGGCGAAUUCGACCAAACUGAUGAUAUAAAAGUUACAAUAUCGCCUUAUUCUUCUGUUAGUGAAUCGUCAAAAAAACAUCCCGUUGCUAUUGUUGGAACUUGUGAAUAUAUAUUUUCCAAAAAUUAUGGUGCUCUUGGAGAUUUAACUGCUGGAAAAGGGCAAGCUUUUAGUACGUUAACUCAACGGUUCACUGCUAAAGUAGGUGGAAGAUUACAUUAUGGGCAUACAGAUUUUUUAAACGCCAUCUUCAUGACAACGCGUGGUGGAAUAUCAAAAGCUAUGAAAGGUCUACACCUUAGCGAGGAUAUUUUCGCUGGUAUAAACUCAUUUAGCCGUGGUGGUCGUAUAAAGCAUUGCGAAUAUAUUCAAUGUAGUAAAGGUCGCGAUAUUGGCCUUGAUUCGAUUCUUCAUUUUACAACAAAAACCAGUACUGGUAUGGGAGAACAAAAUUUAUCGAGAGAGUACUAUUACCUUGGAACACAACUUUCUUUAGACAGGUUCUUAACUUUUUUUUAUGCUCAUCCUGGUUUUCAUUUUAAUCAUGUUUUUAUUAUAUUAUCAGUUCACCUUCUCAUGCUUAGCAUAAUGUUCAUUGGUGCAAUAAGAGCUGUUCUUCCUGUUUGCAACAACUCACAUAGUGAAUGUUCUAAUUUUAUACCUGUAAUUAACUGGAUUAAGUGUUCCAUAAUUUUAAUUAUUGUUGCAUCAUUCAUUGAUUUUUUGCCAUUAUUCUCACAAGAACUUGAAGAAAAUGGCUUAGUUCGUAGUGCUAUACGAUUUGGCAAACAUCUUAUGUCAUUAUCACCCUUCUUUGAAGUAUUUAAUACUCAAAUAUAUGCUAAUAGUAUUAUGACAAAUCUUAAAUUCGGAGGUGCAAAAUAUAUAUUUUCUGGACGUGGAUUUCCUACAACACGUAUUCCAUUUUCUACAUUAUAUUCACGUUUCUCUGGGCCAAGUAUUUUCUUUGGAAUGAGGAUUCUAUUAAUUUUGCUCUUUGUUUCCUUAACCAUGUGGAUAUCAUAUUUUAUAUACUUUUGGUUUUUAAUUAUAGCUCUGUGUGUUUCACCAUUCUUAUUCAAUCCACAUCAAUUUUCUUUCGUGGAAUUUAUAAGUGAUUACCGUGAAUUCUUGAUAUGGAUGUAUUCAGAAUCAGGCACGCAUGCUAAUUCUUGGAUUGAUCAUUGUCGUGCUUCAAUGACAAUGAUUAUUAAUCAUAAAUUAGGGUAUCAUUCUGGAAAAUUGGUUGAAGAUGCUUCACAUCCAAGUUUUACUACUGCUAUUUUUGGAGAAAUAAUCUCAUCUUUUAUAAUGGCAGCUAUUUUCAUUAUUGUUCUCAUUUUCGUAAAGAGUUUUGAUCCAGCAACUUCAGGAUUACCAAAUACGGGACUAAGUGUUGUAAUUUAUGUGACUACUAUCGCAAUUGGGCCUAUAUUAAUGAAUACGAUUGCAUUGUUCGGACUUUAUCUUGUUUUAUUCUGUUUGAAAUCUAUUUUUAAAAGAUGGAUUGACAAAUUUGGAGUACUAAUUAACACCAUAGCGCAUACUUUUGCAAUUAUUAAUCUAGUUAGUACUAUUGAAUACUUAUGGAUUAUAGAAUCAGGGAAACCAGUAAAUGCUAUUUUAAGCGUAAUUGUCAUAUCAGCGGUACAAAGAUUUGUAUUUAAAGUGAUUACCAAUUUUUACGGAAAGAAACUUGGAUUCUUGUCUAUAACACAACCAUUUCGUGACAAAAUAAUUGAAAUGUCUCUUUUUGCAAAUGACUUUGUAUUAGGACAUAUACUAUUAUUUAUGCUAGCACCAAUAUGUCUAAUCCCACGGAUUGACACUUUACAUUUCAUUAUAUUAUUUUGGUCAAAACCGAACAAAAAAGUUAGUGCACCAAUAUCUUUACGAGAACAAAAAUGUAAUGUUUGGAUUUACGGAUUAGUAUUUUUCAUAAUAUAUAUGUUCUUCAUGGGUUUAAUAAUUGGACCCAUAGUGAUUAACAAAUCAUUUCUGAAUCACAUUUUUCAUCAUAUGUCUAAGUCAUAA